GAUUUUUCAAAUGUCAUCGACGAAGUCAAUUACAUUGUUAAACGGCUUUAUGAAUUUGCUGCAGAUAAAAAGUAUCCAUUAAAUCUUACAGCAGAAUUUCGAAUAAACAAGGCGUCUAAAUGUCUGCUCGCUUCAACGUAUGACGAAGAUCCAGAUGCAUAUUAUUGCUUACUUGAAAUUUUGUCUAUUAACGGUACUCGAGAUUUCCUUGAUUUUUCAAGUGAGCUAGCCGAAAGAUGGAUGAGGAAAUACAAUGCUCAACCACAUUGGGGUAAAAUGUGGGAACACGUACCUGGUAUUAUUCCAUAUGUACGUGAACAUUUGGGAAAACGUUUGAAUGAGUUUGAAAGGAUCAGAGCGAAAUAUGAUCCUGAUGAACGUUUCUUUGAUAAUGAAUCUUUGAGAAAAAUUUUUGGCAAAUAA